AUGGAAUGCCCUAGCAGCCAAGAGGCGAUGCAGCUGUUUGUUUCUGUCUUUGCAUUCAUUGCCAGGGCGACGGCAGUGCUGCACGAGUCGCCUGGUGAUGAUCUCUCAGCCUUCAUCCCGUCCUCGCCACUGAUGGGCGGUAGAUCAGCCUUCACCAGCCGACCUCAUGCCGACAGGCGGUGGAGAUGGAGCCGGCGAGGCAGAUCCAUGCCGCUGCAUGCGCAAGGAGGUGACGAGAUGGAUGCACACUGUGAUGUGUGCAUGUGUUGGUCUGUGGCUGGUCUGUUUGUGCAGGUGGAGAGGCGAGUGAUGCUGCUGUGGUUGUGGACGAGGCUUUGGUGCGGAAAACGGCCGCCCUGGCGCACCUCGACCUCACCGAUGACGAGGUAAGUGAAGUCGGGCAGAACAUGGCGGGCCAUUUGUUUGCAAUCAAUGCAUGUGAGGUGUUCGCGGCCUUUGUGUGCGUGAGGUGUCGGAGAUGGUGCACCAGUUCAAGGACUUCCUCCGCUUUGUGGACGACAUGAAGGCCAUCGACACGUCGCAACUCGACGUCAGCCCGCGCACACACCACACAACACGUGACGAACUCACUCCGCCAUCUGGGUGCGCGUGUGUGGUGGGUGUGUCAGAUUGAUGUGAUGUCGCCACGCGCGUCGGUGCCCUACCGCGACCCACUCAGGGAGGACACAGUGCAGCCGUUCGACAACAGGGUGAGCUCACUCACACACACACACAAGGGGGAUGUGCGUGCGUCGUGAAUGUGUGGUGUGUGUCUGUUGUGUGUGCAGGAGGCCAUCGUUGCGAACAUGCCCGAGGAGGAGGACGGCUUUCUGCGGAUACCCAGGGUCGGCGAGAUCGAAGACUGACUGACUGACUGAUGGGCGGAUGGCCGGGGACGCGUUGUACAGACAGACGCUGUGACGUGAUGCGGGUGACAGACGGAUGUAUGUGCGCUCUCGUGUUGGCCUCGUCACCGUCAGGCUGUUGAGGUCUGCGUCUGCGGCGGUUGCGCGGCUGUCGACGCGAACAUCAACAGCCACAUGCACUGACGAGGCCGACACGGACGCAUCCAUGCAGGGUGUGUGUGUGUGUGUGUGACCACUCCAGCACCAGGGUUUUGUCCGCGUCCUCCUGACGGUGGAGUUGAAGCGACUUCCCUCGCAAUCAGCCCCACCAUCAGGGGUUCGUGGCAUGAAACGCUGAUGCAGGAGAAGGAGAGGUGUGUGUGUUGUAUAGCCGUUUUCUCGUAUUGGUCGGUGUGUGGCGUGUUUGUCUCGUGUGCAGCUGACUGAAGGGUAGGUUGCCAGUUGGGGCAUCGAUCGUUAGGUGCACCAGCGUGCCAACUCUGGUUUGGUCCGAUGGAUGAUUGUCCGGCUGACUGACUGACUCAUCGCUAUCUUUCACGCACGAGGCGCUCAUUUAAAUGAGACACUUUUGUAGAGUCCAUGUAUAUACAAAAGAGUCACUGUACUUACUGUAUAUACUCAUACAGACAGACACACGACACAAACAUCCACCGUCAUCGGCAUGACACUCCCCCUCUCCCACAAGGUUUUUUCUCAUCAUGCCAUCACAGCUCUAGCAGCUCUAGCACAACACACCUCUGGGCUCAAGUGCAGAGCGCAUGCGUCAUGCAGUGCAAAGUGAGCAGAAAGACCCUCUCUCCCCACUGUUGUUUGUGGUC